UGAUGUCAUAAUAAUUACUGUGGCUAUCUGGGUAGUCUUUGCGCAACAAUUUUUAAAAGGGCACAAUAAAAUUUUAUGCAAUGCAAAAGCUUUUCAGGAAACAUACAGAAAAGGAAAAUUUUUAGGUCACGCGUUGAAACAAGGCUGUUACGUGUUUUGUCUGAUAUCGCAAAAGAAUUAAAGAGAUAGAAUGUAGUAGCACGUUAGAUCCUCAUCAGCUGUUGUUAAUCCCGCAUCAAGGUUUUCGGUUGCCUGUUGCGCGCAUCUUUAUCAAACUGUCAACACUACACAUUAUAAAACCGAGUGAGAAUUAAUUAGGCAAUUAAUAGGAUUUCUAUGUGCCGUUUAUAUUAAGAUUUGAGGUAAAUGCGUCGCGAUAAGACUCUGAGCUUGUUGACGCGAAAGCGCCGCCAGUAUUACACGAUAAGCAAAGUGCGGUGAGCUCGAACAAUCGUGUAGUUUACCAGAUUCGAUGUUAAGGUCCUCUUUAAAAUAGCUUGCGGCAAAAUAACAAAAUUUCUCGACUUCGAUUCAUUAGUUUCUCAUUUUGUCGAACGCGAUGUCCGCAUCCACGAAGAUUUUGGACGACGAUUGUUCACUGCCGAUACCGCAACAGAAAUCAUGCUCCGAUAGUAUUGUUAAGUAUGUGCCGAUACUGGGCUGGCUACCGCGGUAUACCCAAACGAAGGCUGUGUCGGAUCUCAUAGCGGGCAUCACUCUGGGCCUGACCAUGAUUCCCCAGAGUAUAGCUUAUGCGGCACUAGCUGGUUUGACUGCACAGUACGGCCUAUAUUCUUGUUUCGUGGGCGGUUUCUUGUACAUCUUCUUCGGAACUAUCAAAGAAGUCUCGAUUGGUCCAUCGUCCUUGAUGGCUCUUGUGACAUUGCAGUAUACGCGGGAUUUGCCGAUUGAUUUUGUAGUACUCUUGUGCUUUUUGGCCGGAUGCGUGGAGUUUUUGAUGGGCAUGUUAAAUUUAGGAUUCAUGGUAGAUUUCAUAUCAGUUCCGGUCACAUCUGGUUUUAUUUCGGCAGCAUCGGUCAUUAUCAUUAUCUCUCAGCUGCAAGGGCUUCUUGGAUUAAAAUAUAAAUCAGUUAAUACUGCGGACAAUUUGUACAAAAUGUUUAAAAAUAUUAAUAAGAUCCAGCUGGCCGACGUUACCCUCGGAAUCUGCAGCAUCAUAUUUCUUCUGCUUUUCAGAAAACUAAAAGACAUUUACUGUCCUUGUGCGAAAGACAAGAGAAACUCUGUUAGAAAUACAGCAAUAAAGAAAAUACUUUGGUAUUUAUCUAUUGGUCGAAAUGCUCUCAUCGUGCUUGUAACAGCUGUAAUAGCUUAUCAAUUUGAAGCUACGACAGGAUCCGUUCCGUUUAGACUUUCAGGACAAAUAAAAUCAGGUCUUCCCACAGUAUCGUUACCACCUUUCUCAGUGCAAGUGGGAAAUCAAACUUACACGUUCCUGGACAUGUGCGCUCAUUACGGAUCAGGAAUAGUGAUGCUUCCUCUCAUAGCAGUUCUGGUGAACGUGGCAAUAGCUAAAGCGUUUGCGAUCGGCGCCACCGUUAAUGCGACGCAGGAGAUGUUGACACUCGGUCUCUGUAACAUAUUCGGCAGCUUCGUUUCGGCGAUGCCCACCACUGGUGCAUUCACACGAAGUGCAGUCGGUAGCGCCAGCGGCAUACAAACUCCUAUGGCGGGUUUAUAUUCCGGAACCAUGACAUUGCUGGCGCUAAGCUUCUUAACACCGUACUUUAAUUACAUUCCUCGCGCGACGCUAUCAGCGGUAUUGAUAACCGCCGUAAUGUUUAUGAUCGACGUGAAAAUGUUCAAAUUGCUCUGGAAGGGAUACAAAACGGAUGCUGUUGCGGCGAUAGGCACUUUCUUGAUGUCCGUUUUUAUCGGCGUCAAGAUUGGACUGCUUCUGGGUGUCUUUUUCAGUCUAAUUUUCUUCAUUCGACCAACCGCGAGACCAACACUUCAAAUCACCAAGUAUAAGACUCAUUUAGGAAAUAGAUAUAUAAUGUUGAAGCUCGACACAUGUCUCUAUUAUCCCGCAGUAACAUUUUUCUGCGACAAAAUAAUGAGUAUAGCCAGAAAUGAACAAGAUGAUGUCUCGUUGAUUGUGAAUUGCAAAAGAUUCAGUAGUCUUGAUUACACUUCCAUCAAGGGUAUUGAAAUGCUAUCGAAUAGAUUGAAUCUGGAAAGAAAUCGAUUUUGGUUGUUGCAUGUUAAUUCCAAUGUCGUGGAAAGUUUGGACAUUUUCGCUGACAAUAAAUAUAUCCGUCUAAUCGAAAAUAAAGAGAGUAUCGCAGAUAUUCUUUAUGACGACGCGUUAUCUAGUAAAACUAAUGAGCCUGCUGACGUUAUUAAGAAAACAACGGAAAUGAAAAGAUUGGAAUAUGAAGAUGUCUCACAUUCAUCGGCUUUGCGACAAAAGGAUUCUGAAUCCAAUCUUGAGGAACUGGUUUUAAUGUCUUUACCCGAGUCACAAACAUAACAAUAACUGUGAUUCUAUCUUAAUAUUGAAUUCUAUUUAUACUUGUAUAUGUAUGAUUAUAUAUAAUUAUAUAUAAUUUAGAUAUUGAAACGUUGUUGUAACAACAAAUUUUCAAACUCUAUCAGAAUCCAACAAUUUAAAUUCUAUCAAAAAAUCUUAAAGCUAAAAUAUUUGGCAAAAUCUAUCGAGAAUAGAUCUUGUCAAGUGUCUGUGUCUAUAUGAGUUUAAAUUUGGCGCAAUUUCUCACAACUCGUCACAUGACCCACAAUUAGUUCUAAAGACAGAUUUAGACGGCGUUGAAAUCAUUCUCUUUUUCUUUUUCUCAUUGAUCUAUUUGUUGGAUAUUUGGAUAUAUUCUUUUCACAUGCCAAUUAAUAAUUUUAAUUAUUAUUUUUAUCUAAUAUAUAUAAAAAUGUGCAA